AUGGUUUAAGAAAGUUAUUAAAUCCUUUUAAAAGUUUUGGAUGUGCAAUUUAUUUAAUUCCAGGGAAUCAUGAUAGUAAUGAAUUACUAGAGGAUAAUUUUAAAGAGGAAGGGUUUAUAAAUGUUCAUAAGAAAUCAUUAUAAAUAGGAGAGAAUUUAUGGAUAGUGGGUUUAGGUGGAAGUAUAUCAGAUAGUAUAGAAAUGUAUAUAAAGGAUAUAAUAAGUAAGGGUUGAUUUGGUAAGGAUAUCCAUACACGAAUGAUGAGGAGUAUUAAUAAGAGUUGGAGAAACUAAAAAUACCAGAAGUAGG